AUGGACGAUGAUAAAUUGGAAAAAUGUAACGAAAUGAGCCCUGCUAUGAUGAGCUGUUGUACUUCUACGCACAUAAGCCCGGAAAUGCAUUUUCUACCAGAAAUUAAGGAGUGUUUUAAGAAUCCAGGACCUCCUCUCUCUUGUGACGAAGAUGAAUGUUUAGCUAAAAAAUUGGGAUACUACGGAGAUGAUAGAAAAAUAGACAGAGAAGAAUUGGCAAGUCUCCUGGAGAAGAAGUUUGAAAAUGAACAACUUAUAUUGGAAGCAGUAAAAAAAAAUUGCCUGGAGGCUGAUAUUUCCAUAUAUGGACCACCAAUGUGUGAUCUACUCAGAAUGCAUAUUUGUAUAUUUGAUCAAUUUAAAGACCACUGUACCGCAUGGAGUAACGAAGGAGACUGCCAAGGCGUCAAGGAGAUGAUUGAUUUUUGUUGGAAUUAG